AUGCCCGGCGUGCUGCCCCGGACGCUGCCCGCCGCCCUCGGGCGGGGCUGCCUGGGCCGCUGGCUGCUCGCCACUCGCGGGUGGGCGCUCCUGGGGGCCGGCACCCCGUCCUGCUCCUGCCCGCGCUGGCGGCACCAGCCCCCGCUGCUGCUCGGGGCCGCCCGUCGGAGCUUCGGGACGCGGGCGGGAGGGCUGAAAGCUGCAAAACCUGGAGAUAAUAGCAAGGAUGUGUCCGUGCAAAGGGCGCUGAACGAGGAAACGCUGGUGUCGGCAGCUCAGAAAGUGAAAGAAGCUGGAAGAGACUUUACCUAUUUUAUUGUGGUGCUUGUUGGAAUUGGUGUUACAGGUGGUUUGUUCUAUGUGGUUUUUAAAGAGCUGUUCUCUUCUUCUAGUCCAAAUAAGAUCUAUGGAGAUGCCUUGGAGAAAUGCAGAUCUCACCCUGAGAUAAUUGGUGUUUUUGGUGACUCUAUCAAAGGUUAUGGAGAGGCAACAAGAAGAGGAAGACGACAGCAUGUCAGUCACAUUGAAUACGUAAAGGAUGGACUGAAACACAUGCGUUUGAAGUUCUAUAUUGAGGGCACUGAAUCAGGGAAACAGGGAACAGUCCAUGUGGAAGUCAAAGAGAAUCUUGAAACAGGAAGAUUCGAUGUUCGCUACAUAUUUGUGGAUGUUGAGACAUAUCCGAGAAGAACCAUUGUCAUAGAGGACAACAGAUAGCCAAUGAUCAAAGCUGCUGCCUUACCUCACAUUGGAAAAUGUUGUUGUAACCAGCCUGCAUAUGGAUUGUGUGGUGUUGCCAAUUGUGUCUCGCAGCUUCAGGGCUGUGUUAAGGGAUGUAGCCUCUCAGGGCCUCCACUAAGGACUUUUGAUAAUAACAGAUAUGUGAUUUGAAGUGAAACCAGUGAAAUAUAGCCAAAUGAUCAUGGUAGAUAUUCUUGACAUAGGAAAAUAAUGUCUCCUAAUAAACAGUUUAAUGCUGGAUAAUACCUCUGCACACCCAAAACCUGAGUUUUCCAAGGUUUUAGGUUUGGAUGGGGAGUUUUUUGUCUUCCUUGGCUUGGAUUUCCCACUACCACUGCAAUAAAGAAAGGGGUGGUUUAACUGUA